UGAAAGCAUUGGGCUGGGCUCGCCCUAUAAAUAGGGGGGGCUGGGGGUCUGUGCCCAUUGUUCCUCUUGUGAAGUGGUAAUCGUUGUCUAUAGCCGCUGCCUAGAUAAGAGCUUAAAGAUGGCAGACAAACCAAACCUGAAAGAGAUCGACAGUUUCGAUAAGUCAAAGCUGAAGAAAACCGAGACGCAAGAGAAGAACCCCCUGCCUACGAAAGAGGAAAUUGAACAGGAAAAGCAAGGCUUCAAUUAGCGCCUGGACCCUCCGCAGGAUUUGGUGAAACAAUGCACUGUGAAUGAAGAUGUGAUCUGUCAGUCCUAAUGAAGGAUCAUAGAAUGCCAAAAAAGGGAAUUGUCUGUCUGAACUUGUCUUCCCUCUACGUAUUUCAAUGGAAUAAACAUUUUGUGCAAUAAAAGGUCAUCUCUG